AUGGAGAAGAAGGAGAGGGAUCGGGAGAUGAUGUCGGCGUCGGGGACGAGUCGCGUGCGAGGGGAAGAAGAGAGAGCCGGGGAGUCGAGCGGUGGGAGCUACGGGCUCGACUGGGAGUUGGGCCGGGGAAGCCGAGCUGAGGGCGAAGUCGACGUGGGAGCCGAGGGCGAGUCGAGGGACUGUCCGAGCUCUGGGGUCUCGGCUGCAUAUCCUCUCAUUAAGGUGCUCUGCAUGGUGGAUUCGGAUGAAAAGCCCGCAAUGGGUUUUAUUUAUAAUGAGAUGGAGAAAGCAAAGCAGAAAAUCAAAGCAAACUUCAAGGAUGAUCGGAAGAGCUAUGAUCCCAUUUGGAAGGUUAUUGAUGAGAGAUGGGAGGUUCAACUUCAUAGGCCUUUGCAUGCUGCUGCUUAUUAUUUGAAUCCUCAGUUGCAUUUCUCUUCUGAAUUUAGAGCUGAUAGGGAAAUUAUGCGUGGAUUAUAUAAGGUUAUGGAUAGAAUGUUAGACGAUGAAGAGAGGGAUAAGGUUGAUUUGCAGCUAGAGGAAUUCAAGCAUGAGAGAGGGCUCUUUGGAUUUUCAUUGGCAAAGUCUAUGAGGUUCAAGAAGACACCGGCAGAUUGGUGGGAGUCAUAUGGUGCCGAUACCCCAGAGUUGCAAAAAUUUAGUAUAAGGAUAUUGAGUUUGACUUGUAGCUCUUCGGGAUGUGAGCGUAAUUGGAGUGCUUUUGAAAUGGUACACACAAAGAGAAGAAAUCGGUUGCAUCAAAAGAAGAUGAAUGAUUUAGUAUUUGUGAUGUACAAUUUGAAGUUGAAGGAUAAGAAGAUCAGGAAGCAUAAUUUUAACUUGCGUGCUCUUGGUUGUGGGGAUGAUGGUGACGAAGAAAGUGGAGGGAGUCAAAUUGGCGAUGAAGAUGCAGAGAAUAUGCUCACCCAACAGCAUGCCACGGUUGAUGACUUAGAGCUUCCCGAAGAUGAUGAAUUUGAUACUUUAUAUGAUGAUGAUGUUGGUAACGAUGAAGAUUUGGAUGAGAUUUGA